UCCCCGCCGCCGCGCAGCGCCUCCGUGCUGCUGGAGCCGGGCGCGGCGCGGCUGCGCGUGGUGCCCGGCCACCGUCCGGACGCCGUCGCCUGGGCCAACCUCACCGACCACGUCCAUGCCGUGGGCUGGGCCUUCCUGGAGGUGGCCACCAACGAGGCGUACAACGACAGCGCGCAGGCCUACGCGGCCGGGCUGGCCGAGGCCGCCGUGUCGGAGCAGCUCAUCUACAUGCACUGGAUGAACACGGUCGUGGGCUACUGCGGCCCCUUCAAGUACGAGACCGACUACUGCGAGAGGCUGCGGGGCUACCUGGAGGCCAACGUGGCCUGGAUGCAGGAGCAGAUGGAGAAGGGGGGUGACCCCGAGUACUGGCACCAGGUGCGCCUGGCCCUGCUGCAGCUCAAGGGCCUCGAGGACAGCUACAGCGGGCGCGCGGCCCUGCCCGACGGCGCCUUCCCCAUCGCGCCCUUCGGCUUCCUGCUGCUGCAGCUGGGAGGGGACCUGGAGGACCUGGAAGCCGCCUUCAACAGGUCGGCCGCGCCGCCCGUGCUGGGCUCGGGCUCCUGCUCCGCGCUCCUCAAGCUGCUCCCGGGCAAUCGGGAUCUGCUCGUCGCCCACGACACCUGGACCUCCUACCAGUCCAUGCUGCGUGUCAUCAAGAAGUACACGCUGCCCUUCCGCACGUCGGCSCGCGGUAACACUCSGAUCGCAGGGAGCGUCCAGGUGUUCUCCUCCUACCCCGGCACCAUCUUCUCCGGGGACGACUUCUACAUCCUGAGCAGCGGCUUGGUCGCGCUGGAAACCACCAUCGGCAACAACAACCCCGCGCUCUGGAAGUACAUCCGCCCGCAGGGCAGUGUCCUGGAGUGGCUGCGGAACAUCGUGGCCAACCGGCUCGCCCGGAGCGGCGCCGAGUGGGCCGCCCUCUUCCGGCGGUUCAACAGUGGCACGUACAACAACCAGUGGAUGGUGGUGGACUACAAGGCCUUCUCGCCCGGGGCGGCCAGUGCCCAGCACGGGGUGCUCACCGUGUUGGAGCAGAUCCCGGGCCUGGUGGUGGUGGCUGAUAAGACGGAGCUGCUUUACCAGCAGGGCUACUGGGCCAGCUACAACGUGCCCUACUUCGAGGAGAUCUUCAACGCCAGUGGGAACCUGGAGCUGGUGAAGAAAUACGGCGACUGGUUCAGCUACGAGGGCAGCCCCCGCGCCCGCAUCUUCCGGCGCAACCAGACGCUCGUGCACGACAUGGACUCCAUGGUCCGCCUGAUGAGGUUCAACAACUACCUGCGGGACCCGCUGUCGCGGUGCCAGGGCUGCGACCCGCCCCAGAACGCCGAGAACGCCGUCUCGGCCCGCUCGGACCUCAACCCGCCCAACGGCACCUACCCCUUCGCGGCGCUGCGCCAGCGCUCGCACGGCGGCACCGACAUGAAGAUCACGUCCUUCAGCCUGGCCCCGACCUUCCGCUUCGUGGCGGCCAGCGGGCCCACGUGGGACGACGUGCCGCCCUUCCAGUGGAGCACGUCCCCGUACAGCAGCCUGCUGCACAUGGGCCACCCCGACCUCUGGAAGUUCCCCCCCGUCCUSGUCCGCUGGGACUGAGCUGGAGCCGCGGGCUGGUUCCACAUCUGUCGCCUUCGCCCCGGGGCGAGAGCCGCGCGGGUCCCCAGCGCGGGAGCGGCUCGACGGCCCCCCUGGUGCUUGUGGUGACCCCAAUUUGCUGCCUGCGCCGACAAGGAAAUGGGGGCGCGGGGGAGGACCCCUCGCCCAGCCUGCAGCCUCCUGUGKUUUUUUUUGCUGCUGCUUUUCCCCUUCCAUCCUGUGUCCUCUCGCGCCCGGAGCCGCAUGGCGCCGCGAUGGAGCCCACGGCUCUGCUGCUGCCUUGUGUCACCCCACGGCGUGGGGGCCUCGGUGCYGGGUGCUGCCCCCCGCCCCAGGCCUUGGCCUUGGCCUCUCGAUGCCGGUCACCUCCCCCCGAGCUGGGCUCCCAGCCCUGGGGUCCACUCCCUGGUGUCCUGGGACAGCGACGUCCUGUGGGCCAGAGAGCAGGGGAGGGAACUCGGUUGGUUUUGAUGAAUAAAACGAUC